AUGGGGAUGGAUAUGCACGCGGCCACCACCAACGCGCCGGAACCUACGACCACCGCGAUGCCGGCCGACACUGAUGGACCGAUGAGCUAUUUCGCAUAUAGCAAGCACUCCAGCGCCAUUAUAGCUCACAUUGCCCUGAUGGUUCUGGGAUGGUGCUUCGUUCUUCCUGUUGCUGUUAUGCUGAGUAUUGCGCGCUCUUGGCUUGCGCUUCCUUCGCAAUUCCUCUUUCUUGCCUUUAACGCUUUUGGUGUCCUGCUCGGGGUUAUCUACAACAGCCAGACGCCAGACCUUUACGAGAACAACGCCCACCACAAAAUCGGCUGGAUCGCGACGUGUGUUGUUGGCACCCAGGGCGUCCUGGCUUUGCUCUUUGCCUACGCUGGUCGCGGCAAGUCGGUUGCGCCCUCGUAUGAACAUGCUGCGUUCUUGCCUAUCGCGACUGACGACCAUGACAAUGAGCAUGUUUGCCUGAACACUGCAAUUCGCGAGCACCGCUGGUCUCGCGAUAGUGGCCAGGGUACGGAUAGUAACUCGUCGUCUUCUAUCCACAGUCCUACUUCGCCAUCUUGUGAGUCACCAACCGACUACGAUGGAUUCGAAAAGCCCGACGAACUACCAGCGAACGUCACCACCCAAAAUGGCUGGAUUCAGCGCACGGGUGUUGGUCGCUUCCUGUCGAAGACUAUCCCUGGUCUGAUUCCUAGCCGGUUCCUCCGCGUUUUGAAUGUCGUGUAUAACGUCAUUGACCGUGUCAUUCUUCCGUUCGGAUUCACGGCUAUUGCGACUGGCGCUGUGACUUAUGGUGGUAUCAUGAGGGAGCGCGAGGUCUUCAAUGGGCUUGCGCACUUCAUCAAGGGUGGUAUCUUCUUCUGGUAUGGUGUCCUGACACUUGGACGCUACAUUGGCUGCUGGGCAGAUCUGGGCUGGGCCUGGAACAAGAAACCCCCGGCGUCUAUUGCUGGUUGGAAAUCCAAGGUUCCCUCGGGUGAAGCUACAGAGUCGUUCGUUAUUUUCCUAUAUGGCGCGACAAAUGUCUUCCUCGAGCACCUCUCCAGUGCGGGCAAGCCAUGGUCUGCCACAGAUCUGGAGCACGUUUCAAUUUCCAUCCUGUUCUUCGGCGGUGGUCUGGCCGGUAUGCUUUUCGAAUCUACCCGCAUCCGUGACUGGCUCAACAACACCGUCCUCCAAAUCCCAGCUCACAGUGCUUUGGAUGAAGCUUGGCGGCCACCGAAAUCGCAGGGUGUUUCCUUGAACCCCAUGCCAGCCCUGGUCAUUAUGUUGCUUGGCAUGAUGAUGGGGUCGCACCACCAGACCAGCAUGACGUCGAGUAUGGUACACAAACAAUGGGGUAAUAUGCUGGUUGGAUUCGCGCUGGCGCGUGGAAUGACAUAUGUCCUGCUAUACCUCAAGCCGCCGACCUCGUACCUCCCGGCUCGCCCCCCGACAGAGAUUAUUGCUGCAUUUUGCCUGAUCUCGGGAGGUCUAAUUUUCAUGAUGAGUACCCGUAAUGUGAUUGAAGCGAUGGAGUACUACGACCUGGAUGCAAUGUUUACGUUCACCGUUGGCCUGGGCUUCAGUGCUUUCAUCAUGGCUUAUGAGAUCUUGACAAUUGCCAUCAAGGCCUGGGCUGUGAAGCGUACUCAGCGUCCGCGGCCAGACUUCCACUUCAAGUGA